CAAGACAUAAGCGGCCAGCGGAGAUCGACUGGGGAACGACAGAAUUGGGCGAGAGAUUGGAUAUCGAUCUCAUUCAGUGGAAUUCGAGUAAGAAAUAAUCUCCGUUAACGAAAGGAAAAUUAAGUUCGCGGUGGAUCAUUAAAGAUGUACCCCAUUACUGAGUAAUUGGAAUCUCACUUAAGGAUACUGGGAUUAUCGAGAAUAGAGUACAUUUCACGUUUUCCGAUACUAGUGUUCUUUAUUGAAUUGCGAGGAUAAAUUGAAUCUCAAUUGUGAAUAAAAUAAGUGUAACCGCAGUAAUGAUCGUCUCAGUGAGUGAAAGUACCUGGUGCGUGUUAUUUUUAUUGAUACACAGUAGUUCCUCAGCAUUGAUUGAUCUCUUUCGAAUUCCACAAGUGCGAACACCUGGUGAAGCCCGUGGAAUGAAAUAUUAUGCACUGGAUUUUAUGGGUUUAGCCGAACAAUAUGGCUAUCGAGCGGAGACUCACGACGUGACAACUGAUGAUGGCUACAUAUUAUCAAUAAAUCGAAUUCUUCCAAAUGGAAUUGAUCUCGAUGGAACUAGUGACCAUCGAGUCGUAUUCCUUCAGCAUGGAAUGGCAGCUUCGUCUGACAGUUUCGUGCUCUUUGGCCCCAACAUGAGUCUUGCAUAUCUGCUGUCAGAUGCUGGCUAUGACGUUUGGCUCGGCAAUGUGCGGGGAAACACUUACGGCCGGAGACACACGAGGUUAUCCCCAAAUGAUUCGGGAUUCUGGGAUUUCAGUCUAGAUGAGCUCGCGACCUUGGAUUUGGCGGCGAUGAUUGACUACGUGGUGAAUCACACGAGGCAAUCGUCGAUGACGUUCGUGGGUUACUCCAUCGGUGGCACCAUAGGGACAUUGUUACUCGCAGACCGACCUGAAUACAACGAGAAAAUAAACCUCGCAAUAUUUCUGGCUCCUUUCUACCCCUGGGCGGUUAUGACACCAAUGAGACAAGUACUGGUUCGAAUUUUGGACCUCUGGCAGCAGAUGAUACCUAAUGGAGCAGUGGAAACUUCCUCGCAGACGGUUCUGUUGCCAGCCUUCUUCGAGAACUUUUGCAUGGCGAAUAAUUACACCAUCAAAUUAUGCCUAUCUGUCUGCAAAUUUUUUGUGGGAGUCGAUGGCGUACAGACUACUGUUGGGAAUUUGAAUCGUUUCACAAGACACUUCCCCAGUGGCACAUCCUUGAAAGUUUUCAAUUAUUUUCUGCAGCGGUACAACAAAGAUAAUGUGGAUCAUUUUGAUUACGAAGACAGUCGUAUCAAUCUGCAACGAUACGGACAAACUCAGCCUCCAUUUUACAACUUGAGCAAUAUUGUUGUGCCAAUGGUACUAUUUUCAGCUGCCAGUGAUCCCUUAGUAACGAAGGAGGAUCUUGUCAAGUUCUCGAGGAACUUUGUGAGCUCUGACAAGUUGACAUUUGAAUCCGUAAACUAUCCUCACUUCGGUCACUUGGAUUUUGUAUCAGCUGGUGAUGAUUUCCCUUCGACACUCUUCCUGGACUGGCCACGUGUCAUCGAAGAGUUGUUGUCAACCGACUAAUUAGGGGAUAUUGAAGUUACCGGAUACUCUGGGACAUUUCAAUAAAAUAGGGCGUCUCUUAUCGAUUUUCAUGGGACUCACCUAUAUAAAAAUAUGGGAUCGUCUGUUAUACGAUAGCAUGUGGUUCACUGGUUUUUAAAUUUUGAGAUGUGAAAAAAAAAUUACGAUACGCGGUAAAUUGCAAUAAAUAAAUUGUCUAGUUCUCUCUGGUGUCGAGCAUUUGGGCCCACAAACGUAACACAAUUAGUCACAGUAGCCAUUAGAAUGAUAAUCCCUUCAGAAUGAGUCAGGAAUUAUCUGAGGAGCAGUCUCAUCCCGCCAGUGGUGAUACAGAAUUUUAUCACAUGAAAUACUUUGAAAAUGGGAAAUACCUCGUAAAGAAAAAAGGGUAGACGUGACAAUGGACCCCCGUUGCGAUGCGAGAAGAUUAAAAAACUAUUUUCAAACCCCAAAAUUUUUUCAAAUUUUCGCUGUCAAUAUAAUUGAAUUAAUUGGAAAAAUUUCGAUUUUUCCAAUUAAUUCAAUGCACGAUUUUUUAUUGAAAAUUAUCUUUAAAUUUAUGGAUUAAUGUAUGUAUACUUAAUUUAUGGACAUAGUAUUUAUAUCCUUUAUAUAAUAUAUGUUUCAGAUAUAUUUUUUAUAAGUUCAAUAAAUUAUUUCCUUUUCAACCCAUUAAAAUUCUCGUUUGUUAAUGACGAAUCGGCACUUUCGGGGAACUGCCUUGAGUGAGAGAAAUUAAUUGUAAUUUGGGUAAUUUUAAGUCUUCCGACAUAAGAGCUAAUGGUCCAUAACAAUCGCUUGACACAUUCGACGCUUGUGCCGAAUGUCAAACACAUUUCAACUCUUCGUCUCCUCCUCAGGCGUUCGGUCGUUAAAAACCCGAUGACAUGCUAUCUCUGAGGCUCACAAGGUUGAUACCGGUGCUGCCUUUUUUUCCAAAAUAUCACUAAAUGGAAUGAGCUUUUAAAGUGGAAGGGGCGCGUGUAAAGAGUGAUCGUAAAAUAUUGCAUAGAGAAAAAGCCUUUUAGUUUAACCGGCUGUUGAAAAUGCACUAAACGAAUACCAGCCACUCCCACUGGCUAUUAAAAAUUAUACUCCAGCGCCACAUUUUUCUGGAGGAAAAGAGUUUCGAGGGCUCGAUUGCCGGGAAGACUGUCUCAUUUUCAAAUUUAUGGGAUGUUAAUUGUUUUUUGGGGGCUAAAGAGGGAAAACUUGUAGACCCCGUUAACUCACGUUGAUUUUUCAAAAGGAAAAUCGGUGGAACUGCCCAUUGUUUUUUUGUUAAUGUCCAGGAUAAAAUAAAAAUCAUGAAUGGAAAAUCUUUUAGUG